UUUCUGUCUACCUUAGAGCAUGAUUUACUGCGAGGUGUUGGUGGAAGAUUAGACUCUCUGUUAGGACAAUGUAUGUAUUUUGGAUUGUCAUUUAGUCGCGUUGGAGCUGAUUUUAGAGGUCUCUUGGCACCGAUAUUCCAAAAUGCUGCUCUUAAUUAUUUCCAAGUUGCUUUGAAAAUUGCAAAUAAAAAGUUUGAAGAAAAUAUGGAAUCCUAUAAUUUAUUAGGAGUAUCAAGUACAAGUAGCAAUAUACCUUAUUCUUCUCAGCCCAGUCAGCUGUAUCCCCCAACAGUAUUACUGGAUUUUCACCCACUAGCAGCUUAUUGUAAUAAUAUAUUAACAGCUUUCAAUGAUUUAAGAUUAUGUGCUCCUAUUAAUUUAGCCUGUAAUGUAGCUGAAUCACUACAGAGAUCCUUGAUGGAGAUCAACAGAGUUAUAUUAGCUUUUUAUAGAGCUGAAGAAACAACAUUUAAUGUAGAAGAGAAAGAUCAGUUUGGACAGUUCUGUGCAACCUAUGUGGUAGAUCUGUUACCCUAUAUCAAUAAAUGUUUACUAGCUCUGUUUCCAACCAACCAGAUUUCUCAAAUAUUGGGUGUACCUGUUUCUGAUUUAACUAGAGAGGUCAGUACUGUUUUU